AUGGAGGAAUACACUCCCGGUGCCUUCGCCGACCGCGAUGAUACACGAGGCAGGCUGGAUGCAUCGACCGACGAUCUGAACUCGAGCCGCCAUGGCAGAUCUGUAUCGAGCGUUCGUCGGUCCAUGCAAGAUAGACUUCUCACCAAAAUCCUACAACAGGUUGUUCCCGUGGAAGAUGUGCACGACGAGUCGAUCUCAGUGGGCGCAAAGCCCGUCCCUCCAGAUGCCCAACGACCGGCUUUCAGUCUUCCUGUGAUGGGUAACAAUUUUCGGCGAUUCAAUGCAAGGAUUGGCAUCGUUUUCCACUUUCAGGAACAGGUCGAGGAACUUUUUGCUUGGAAGCAACCGUCGCAUACCUUAUCUUUCUUGUUCGUCUACUCCUUCAUAUGCAUUGAUCCUCACCUACUAGUCGUACUUCCUAUUGCGACGGUACUUUUGUUCGUCAUGGUCCCGACGUUCCUUGCGCGCCAUCCUCCGCCGCCCUCGACGUCAACCUCGAGCAUAACUCCUUACUAUUCGUAUCAGGGUCCCGCACUGGCCCCGGCGAAAACUAUCAAGCCCGCACCGGAGACGUCCAAGGACUUCUUUCGCAACAUGCGCGACUUGCAGAAUUGCAUGGCUGAUUUCUCUGACCUGCACGACUCGGCGGUUUCCGCUCUUGCGCCAAUGACGAACUUUUCCAACGAAAAGCUGUCUUCCGCUGUCUUUCUAUUAUGCACAAUUCUAACCGCCGUACUGUUUUUGACCUCACAUCUUAUCCCCUGGAGAUACCUAAUGCUCAUUGGCGGUAAUGCCGCACUUCUAUCGAAGCACCCCAACAUACAAGAAUUCAUUCAAAGCAUUGCUGCUGAACUGGGCAGCGAAGACGUGAAUCCAGAAUUGCCUGUGAAACCACCAAACCCGGAUAUGUCCUUCAUGAAGCUACUAGGGGACAUAUCGCUAGACUCAUUCCCGGAGGAGCGUGAAGUGGAGGUAUUCGAGAUUCAAUACCGCUCACUAGCCCCCUACGCCGAACAAGAUUGGGAAACAUUCCUCUUCAGUGCGGUACCAUACGACCCAUUAUCACCCUCCCGCAUCGCAGGCGAUCGGCCCAAGGGAUGCCGUUUCUUUGAAGACGUUCAGCCCCCAGUUGGGUGGGCGUGGAAAAGUAAGAAAUGGGAGCUCGAUCUCGACUGCCGAGAAUGGGUUGUUGAGCGUAUGAUCACUGGUGUUGGCUUUGAAGUUCCUGGUGGCCAUUCCGAAAGCGGAGCCGGCUCAGAUGAGAUUGGUGGAUGGGUCUGGGAUUUGCCUUCCAUGUCGUCGCCUCGGGGCGACGAUGAUGUGGCAUCUGCACUUGGAUACGGUAACUUCAGUCAAGCUCCUGGAGAGAGGAGGAAAGGGAAAAAGAAGGGCAAGGAGAGGGCUGUUCAAGACUACGAGGAGAAGGGAAGUCUUGGUUCGAAUGUCAUGGGUGAGUGGAGGCGAAGACGCUGGGUUCGGAUCGUCCAUCGAGUUGGCCUGGCAGCUGAGAAGGGCAAGGCCCGUGAUGGUGGAACUUGA